AGGUUUAUGUAUAAUGUGGCAUAUGAGAUAGUUUUCUGAUAUUAAUACGCGAGUUUUUAUUCAUAUAUUCUGCUCCUUUUUUUCGGGUAAUUGCAUUUGCUGCAUGUGUAAAAUGCUGGAAAAUAAGUUAGCUGCUGCAGAAGUCUCUGAGGAAGAGAAGAAGAGUCUGCAGUCUGCUUAAGGAUUUAGAGAAGAAAGAAACUGAAUACAUGCAGAGAGAAAUUUACUUGCAGAGGUUUUCAGCAAUUGCAUUGUGAAGCUGUAUUGUUAUUUCCAAGAUGAAGAGUAUUUGUAUCCUUUUUUUUUUUAUCAACAAACAGUAUUUGUAUCUUAUUAUGGAAUUUCUACGUAGUGGAGAGAUAUGAUGACGUUACAUGAGGAAAGACACUUACAGAAGAUGAGUCGAGACUGUACUGUUAGCUAUCGAGUCUAUUCAUAAGUACAACUAUAAUAUAUAUCUAUUAUUUUGUUUCAUUAUAAUAUCUCAAACAAUUUCAGUAUUUAGGUGAACGUCUGGAUCAACUUGCUAAAUCUUAUUAAGCUUUUACCUAAAUAACAAUAACCGUAUCUUCCGCGUUUGCCAGUAAAAACGACCUCAAGGUGACUCAAAGAACCUUAAUAUAGGAUUGAAGAAAUUCCAUUGAAAUCUUCUGGUUAUCGAUUGACUUGCAACUUUUACAUCCAAUAAUCAUCUGCCAUGUGUCCAUCACACAUAUGUUGAAAAAUAGACAAGAGGAAGAGAAAGAGCCUCUGUGCUCAAAGGGCAGAUUUUGAGAUUUCUUUUUCCUUACGCUACCUCUAGAUCCCUCUUCAACUAGAGACUCAUAACAAAACAAAAUAGCUAAGAAACAAGAAACAGAAGUAGAUCAAAAACUUUUGAUUUUCCCUAAAUCAUUUUGUAAAGCACACAUUCUUUUAAAGUUUGUAACCAGAAACUCAUAGCUCUUGGAAAUCUAUAUGUUUCAUCUUCUUUGUUAAAAGGGUUUUAUCUCUACCCAUAACAUGUAUGCAGCUGCGUGUUGAAGAUGGCGUCACCAAUGAAGGGUCUAUUAAAAGGAUUGAGGUACAUUGCUCGUAUCUUCGAGGAUGAGAAGGAACCAGAGAUGCAAAUUGGACAACCAACAGAUGUCAAACAUGUUGCUCAUAUAGGAUGGGAAGGGCCUUCUGCUACGACCCCAAGCUGGAUGCAUGACUAUAAGUCUCCCGAGGAUGAAGCAAAAGGAAGUUCCAACAAGAAACCUGCGAGUUCCGGGGAGAGGAAAAAGAACAAAGGGAGGCGUAAAUCAUCUACAAGCACAAACUCACCUGCAGAGUCUCCAGCAAGGCCAAGACGCAGUACGGGUAAACAAAGAGAGCAAAGUACGGGUUCAGGGUCGGAGUCAGGUUCAGGGUUAGACUUACCUCAACAGAACGAUCAGUCUGUGGUACAGAAAACCCCGAGGCAGAAAAAAUCAAAAGGAACAACAGCAGUAAGAGGAGGAGGCGGUGAACCUCCUCUGCCUGUUGCACCUGUAGAGUCAUAGGAAACAGAUAUAUCCGUGCGGGCGGUUUAUCCUUGUGUGGGUCUAGAAAGCUCUACAGGAAGAUGAGGGAUGAGAUAAAAGAGAGUUUUUCAUGAUCAAGUUUAGAGUAGAGUGGUGGUUCUGUUUUUCUUCUCAUAAUCUACGAACUUUUGUCCUUUUCUCUCCCUUUUGUUGGAGAUGUGUUUGUAUAACAAGACCAAUGUUUUUAUCAAGCGAUUUAAGAUGAGAAAACAGAACUCUUUGAUGAUUAUGAAUCAGGGAUAAGAUAUGCUUUGCUUAAAUGAUUUUGGUCACUCUAAAAGUAUACCUCAUCAACCUUUCUAUUGUACAGGUUUAUGGAUCUAAGAUUGUAUUUUGAGUAUUGGAUUAGUACAGAUUUGAGUCUUUUAUUGGACUUCGAUUGUUUGUAGCGUUACCUUUUUUGAGCAAAGGUACACGUUUACAUGUCAUGAUAGUUUUUUGUGUUUUUUAUUUUGGAAAAAAGACUUUAAAAAUUAAAAUGUAAGAAAAGACAUAUGAAUUUUCACUCGUAAGUUAGAUAAAAUUUGCCACAAAUCAAAGGGUUUAAAUAGACCCUAGAUAUAGAUUCACAUUUGAAUUCUAGAAAGCAAAAUAAACAAAGAUAUUAAUUACUAAUUGUACAUCCCCUAUCUUGAACUUUGCUUACCUCUUUCACAAACUCUUGUACAUCACUACUUUGCUUACCUCUUUCACAAACUCUUGUACAUCCCAUAUCUUAAGUAGUUCCAGCAAAAAUCCUAGUCGUCUCUUAAGAAAGUCUCGAGAGUAUUAGUAUUCCCUCGGCCUACUUUGCAUACCUCUUUCACAAACUCUUGUACAUCCAAAUAUCUUGAACUUUUUGUGCUGGUUUUAUUGUUCCUCCUCCUCUAGUUAUAGUGUAACUAGAGGAAUCUCCAACAACAUCAAAAACAAGCAUCUUUCCUAUAUGAAAGCAGAGUUUCUGGUUCCAUAUGAAAGCGUUGAUGAUCAAGGAGAGGAAAACGAGAAUCAAUUGGUUGUUCAGUUUUAGAAGUCUGAAAGCCUUCCGAAAUGAUAGAACUUAAUGGAAUAUUUUUCAUAAUAAGUGACUGAGUUGGCAACUGGCAGUUUUUGCGGCUGCUAACAGAAAUAAAAUGUUAUCAAUCUGAGAACAAGGGGUAGAAAAUGUAGGGAGAUUUACCAAAUAUGACUCAAAACUUGAUUUUGAUUGCAAAAGUAUACCCAAACUUGAAUUGAAUGCAAAAAUAACCCAAAAGCCUUGUGAAAUUACAGCCAACCCCUUGUGACCAAACAGAAAAACAGAACUCAUUUUUACGAAUAUAUCCCCGCUAAGUCUUCUGAGAUUCUGUUAAGUCUUCUGGACGACGUCCACGGAAGUCGUCUGGUAUAGUUGAUAUUAAAAAUAAUAUAUAAAUUUUGUAAAAAAUAUUUUGAUAAACGAAAAAUUAAAAUUAUGUAAUUAUAAACAGU